AUGGCUUAUUCUAAUCGUCGAGCGUCACAUGAUGGUGGAUCUAAUACAACGACAUAUCCAACAAAACAACGAACUAAUUCAAUCGAUAGUGGUGUUGCUAAUAAUAAAAUAGAUACUUCUCGACACCUAUCAGUUGAUGCGUCUUCAGCAUGUCAUGUACAAGCAACAGUCAUUGCACAUGGUCCAUCUGUAGCAUUUUUUGGUAGUUGUGUUAUUGAUGAUAUCUUUUAUAUUCAUGGUGGAGUUAAAACACGUGGUGAUCAUGCACCAUCAAAUCGAAUGUUUAAAUUUCAAAAUAAUACAUGGACAGAAAUAACAACAGAAGAUUCUCCUGCAUUAUCUUAUCAUCAAUGUAUUGUCAUGGGACAUGGUCAAUAUAUAAUUACAAUUGGUGGAUGGGAUGGAUCAAAAAGAAAAUCUGAUGUUUAUGUAUUUGAUGUAGCAAAUACAACAUGGCAUCAAACACAUGCACCAGGAUUUCCAAGUGGUGGUGGUCUUAAUAAUCAUGCUGUUAUUCCAUUUAAAUCACAUGAUGCUGGUAUUCUGGUAAUUGGUAGAGAUGGUAGUUUAAGAACACAACGUAAACAUGGUGAUGCAUAUUGUCUACGUGGAGAUCCAGCAAAACAUACUUUUCGAUGGGAACAUUAUCCAAUAGGUGUUGAUUCUCGUAGUGGACAUUCAUUAAUUAGUCAUAGUUCAUCAUUAUAUAUUAUCGGUGGUCGUGCUGAUCAUUUAAUUCAACAAUAUACUGGUGUACCUGUGGAAAAUCAAUACAUAUGCAAUAAUCUUUAUUCUGAACUUAAAGAAAUGAUAAAAUCAAAUGUGAUAAGUCCAAUGAAAAAAUUACCAUCUACUCGAAAAGAUCAUACAAGUAUUGCAUGUGGUUCUGAUUUAGCAAUUGUCUAUGGUGGUGAAACAUUCGAUGGUAAAUUACGUGAACCAUCAAAUGAAAUGUUUGUUGUUACACUUGAUACUCAUCAACAUUGGUACAAUUUAGGACAAAUUGAAUUUGGUAGACAAGGUCAUGCUAUGAUUAGUCUUGGUGAUCAAUUAAUUGUUCACGGUGGUCUCGGAAAAAAUGGAGUUUGCAAUGAAACAUUUGCUAUUGAUCUUAUUAGAUAG